UCUCGCCUCUGCCCUCAAACGAUUCAUCACCAAACAACACACCUACCAACACCCGCAAAGCGCGUCGGAAUCCGCGCAUUUCAGUCGCUCGCGGCCUCCCGACACGAUUUUCGAGCGAAUAAACGGCCUUUUUUAAAUCGAGUCGCGUCUGAGCAGUAGGCGACACUGGAGAGAGGACGAAAUUGAAGAGUCGCUCCUUCGGGGCCGCAGGCCUGGGUUGAGCCUGGAGGACAUCACCGAUCGGCACCAUCGACAGAUCCAUCGGAGGACGCAUUUCGCAUCGACGCGCCUAUUAAUCCUGUCGUAGAUUUACCUUCUGCGACGUUUUCUCUGGGCCUCGAUAAGGUUUGCUCGGCCGGGAAUCGCAAAACUCUGCUCGUCAGCCAGAUCUCACCUUCUGCGCACCGAUUUCAAACUCUGCCCUCCCACAACCCUUUCCCCCAAGUUUUCCCAACACCGUAAUCAACGUCACACGACAAGAUGGCGAACCUGUACUUCCCGCACUCUGGUGCGCCUCUCAAGAUCAUCCAGGAGAUUCAGUUCGGGCUGCUUUCUCCCGAGGAGAUCAAGAGCAUGAGCGUUGCGCACAUCGUCUAUCCUGAGACUAUGGAUGAGACCCGAACAAAGCCUCGCGAUCAAGGCCUCAACGACCCUAUGCUUGGUUCCGUUGACCGGCAGUUCAAGUGCAAGACGUGUACUGAGAACAUGUCCGAAUGCCCUGGCCACUUUGGCCACAUCGAGCUGGCAAAGCCUGUCUACCACCCUGGCUUCAUCAAGAGAGUCAAAAAGAUCCUCGAGAUCGUCUGCCAUAAUUGCAGCAAGGUGUUGGCUGACAGGAGUGAUCCCGAGUUUCUCGCUGCGGUGAACACGAGAGAUCCAAAGCUUCGAUUCAAUCGCGUCUGGAAUGUCUGCAAGAAGAAGAAGCGAUGCGAGAAUGAGGUUGCCAAGAAGGAAGAUGAUGGGGAAUUCGAUCCCGGCAGUAAUCCAUCAAAGCCCGCUGCUAGUCACGGCGGUUGCGGAAAUAUUCAGCCAGCUGUCCGUCAGUCGGCCCUUCAGCUUUUCGCGACGUUUGACGUCAAACAGGAGGAGGGUGGCAAGACAAAGGACAAGAAGCCGAUUAACCCCGAUAUGGCCCACAACAUCCUCCGCCGUAUCACCGACGCGGACCUCUACGAUAUCGGCCUAAACCUCGAGUAUGCUCGCCCGGAAUGGAUGAUCAUCACCGUCCUUCCUGUCCCCCCGCCCCCGGUUCGGCCGAGUAUUUCGAUGGAUGGCACUGGGCAAGGCAUGCGAAAUGAAGACGAUCUGACGUACAAGCUCGGCGACAUCCUUCGUGCGAAUGGAAACGUUAGGCAAGCCAUUGCGGAAGGUGCUCCCCAGCACAUCGUGACAGACUUCGAGAAUCUCCUUCAAUAUCACGUCGCAACCUACAUGGACAAUGAUAUCGCUGGUCAACCUCAGGCGUUGCAAAAGAGCGGGCGCCCCGUCAAGGCCAUUCGUGGCCGCCUGAAGGGCAAGGAGGGUCGCCUGAGAGGCAACUUGAUGGGAAAGCGUGUCGACUUCUCGGCUCGAACUGUCAUUACUGGCGACGCCAACAUUUCGCUUGAUGAAGUCGGUGUGCCUCGCAGCAUUGCACGCACCUUGACCUACCCCGAGACAGUGACGCCCUACAACAUUGGCAAGCUCACCCAGCUCGUUCAGAACGGCCCGAACGAACACCCAGGUGCCAAGUACGUCGUUCGUGCUGAUGGCACUCGCAUCGACCUUCGUCAUCACCGCCGAGCAGGCCAGAUCCAGCUGGAGUACGGAUGGAAAGUCGAGCGCCACUUGAUCGAUGGCGACUACAUCGUCUUCAACCGUCAGCCUUCCUUGCACAAGGAGUCCAUGAUGGGUCACCGAGUCCGUGUCAUGCCAUACUCGACCUUCCGGUUGAACCUUUCCGUCACCUCACCGUACAAUGCCGAUUUCGACGGUGACGAAAUGAAUCUCCACGUUCCUCAGACCGAGGAAACCCGAGCCGAGAUCAAGGAGCUGUGCAUGGUUCCUCUCAACAUCGUCUCUCCGCAGCGGAAUGGACCUCUAAUGGGUAUCGUGCAAGAUACUCUUGCCGGCGUCUACAAGCUUUGUAGACGAGACGUCUUCAUUACCAAGGAGGAAGUGAUGAAUCUCAUGCUUUGGGUUCCCGAAUGGGACGGCAUUAUCCCAUUGCCGGCGAUCGUCAAGCCGCGACCUCGGUGGACCGGAAAACAGAUUAUUAGCAUGAUUAUUCCCAAAAUCGUGAGCCUUCACAUGGGCAACGACGCGAAGGUUGACAACCCCAUUAACGAUGAAGGGGUGCUCAUCCAAACGGGCGAGCUCAUGUACGGCUUGUUGUCCAAGAAGAACGUCGGUGCCACGGGCGGAGGUAUCAUUCACAUCUGCUUCAAUGAGAUAGGACCUCAAGGAGCGAUGGACUUCCUGAAUGGUUGCCAGCGCGUGGUCAACUACUGGCUUCUCCACAAUGGCUUCAGCAUCGGCAUCGGCGAUACUAUUCCUGAUGCCCAGACCAUCGAGAAGGUUCAAGAGCACAUCGACACGGAGAAGGAGGAGGUUCGAGAACUCACGCGGAUGGCCACUAAUAAUGAGCUUGAAGCGUUGCCAGGCAUGAACAUCCGAGAGACAUUUGAAAACAAGGUGUCAAAGGCUCUAAACACGGCCCGUGAUAAGGCCGGUACGACGACGGAGAAGAGUUUGAAGGAUCUCAACAAUGCGGUCACCAUGGCACGUUCCGGAUCCAAGGGUUCGUCCAUCAACAUCUCACAGAUGACUGCCUUGGUCGGCCAACAGAUUGUCGAGGGCAAGCGUAUUCCGUUCGGAUUCAAAUACCGGACUCUUCCCCAUUUCACCAAGGACGAUUACUCGCCCGAGGCUCGCGGCUUCGUCGAAAACUCGUACCUGCGUGGUUUGACACCGAGCGAGUUCUUCUUCCACGCCAUGGCUGGUCGUGAGGGUCUGAUCGACACUGCCGUCAAGACGGCAGAGACGGGUUACAUCCAGCGUCGGCUUGUCAAGGCCCUGGAGGACGUCAGCGCCAAGUACGACGGCACCGUUCGUAACUCCCUGGGAGAUAUCAUUCAGUUCGUCUACGGCGAGGACGGUCUCGACGGCGUUCACAUCGAGAAACAGCGCGUCGACCAUCUAAACAUGUCUGCCGGGGCUUUUGAUGACCGUUACCGCCUUGACGUCAUGGACGAGUCGACCUCCGCAUCUGCCCUUGAGAUGUUGGAGUAUGGGAAGGAGUUGACCAGUGACCCCAUGGUGCAGGAACUCCUCGAUGCCGAGUACGACCAGCUGGUCUCAGACCGUAAGCUCGUCCGAGACAUCAACGCCCGAAAGAAGGAUGAAGAGAUGAUGCAACUCCCCUUGAAUGUUGUCCGCAUCAUCGACACGGCCAAGAAGCUGUUUAAGCUCGAUGAUACCCAGCGGAGCGACUUGACCCCCAAGGAUGUCAUACCAGCCGUGCAAAGUCUGACGGACCGGAUGACGGUUGUCCGGGGUGGGGACCCGAUCUCCAAAGAAGCCGAUUACAACGCCACCAUCCUUAUCAAAGCCCAGAUUCGCUCGCGACUGGCUUUCAAGCGCCUUGCUGUUCAGCAGCGCCUUAACAAGCUCGCGUUUGAGCACAUCAUCGGAGAGGUGGAGAGUCGCUGGGCGAGAGCCAUGGUAUCUCCUGGCGAGAUGGUGGGAGUUUUGGCAGCUCAGUCCAUCGGAGAGCCCGCCACCCAGAUGACGCUGAACACGUUCCAUUUCGCCGGUGUGUCUUCCAAGAACGUCACUCUCGGUGUGCCCCGUCUCAAGGAGAUUCUCAAUGUCGCCAAGGAUAUCAAGACUCCGUCCAUGGUCGUCUACCUCGACAGCGAGAACGCAACCCAAGAAGAGGCCAAGGGGAUGCGAAGCGCCGUCGAGCACACCAGCCUCCGCUCGGUCACUGCCAUCACCGAGAUCUACUAUGAUCCGGACAUCACGUCGACCAAUAUCCCCGAAGAUAUCGACAUUGUCGAAUCCUACUUCCUCAUCCCAGACGAGCACCAUGAUACGCCGGAUCACCAGUCCAGGUGGCUGCUGCGUCUCACGUUGGAUCGUCAGAAGAUGCUUGACAAGGAGCUCCGGGUGGAGGAUGUCGCUCACCGUAUCAAGGAGCUCUACAAGUCGGAUCUUGCCGUUGUCUUCAGCGAUAACAACGCCGAGGAGAUGGUCAUCCGUAUUCGGGUUAUCAAGCAGGAUGACGACAAAAACGAUGACGGCAGCAAGACCAUCGAGGACGAUGUUAUGCUCAAGCGUCUCGAGAAGCAUCUUCUCGAUAGCUGUACUCUCCGAGGCGUUGAGGGCAUCGAGAGGGCUUUCUUGAACAAGGGAACCAGGCUUGUUGAGACGGAGGAUGGCGCAUUGAUAGCCGACAAGAAUGACGCCAGGUGUCAAGAGUGGUACCUCGAUACCCAGGGCACAGCCAUGCGCGAAGUCUUGACGGUGGAAGGCGUCGAUGCUUCCCGAACCUACACCAACGAUCUGUGGCAGAUCGUCGAGGUCUUCGGCAUCGAAGCUGCGCGAUCCGCCUUGAUGCGCGAGCUCACCCAGGUUUUGGCUUUCGACGGUUCCUACGUCAACCACCGACAUCUCGCGCUCCUGGUUGAUAUUAUGACCUACCGAGGCAGCAUUGCCGCCGUGACCCGCCAUGGUAUCAACAGGGCGGACACUGGUGCUCUCAUGAGGUGUUCCUUCGAGGAGACGGUCGAAAUCCUGCUCGAGGCCGCUGCCAUGGGCGAGCUUGAUGACUGCCGAGGUGUCUCGGAAAACAUCAUGCUUGGCCAGGCAGCUCCCAUGGGCACGGGCCAUUUCGAUGUCGUCCUCGAUCCAAAGAUGCUCGAGACGGUCAUCUCCGACAACUCCCGAAUGGGACUGAUGCCCGGCAUGACAAUCAAGGGCACCCAGCUCGAGGGAUCCGCCACUCCGUACGACACGGGCUCGCCCAUGGCAGAGAAUGGCUAUAUGGGCAUGGCCUCUCCUGCCCUCGGCAACUUCUCCCCAAUUGUCGGUGCCGGGUCAGAGACACCCGCCGGCUUCGCUACAGAAUACGGUGGUGGGUUUGGCUCCAGCACAGUCAACCCCUACGCGUCCGCGACCAGCCCGCGCCCAACCAGUCCCUUCAGCACGUCGCCAACGUCGCCCUUCAGCAGUGGCUACGGUGGAUAUUCGCCCUCUUCACCUGCUGCAGGCUACUCGCCGACGUCUCCUCUCAUUGACGCUGGUGGUCGCUACGCCUCGUCUCCGCAGUUCAGCCCAUCGUCGCCCUCAUUCUCUCCUACGUCUCCAAUGAUGCGACCGACCAGCCCGGCUAGCCCCAACUACAGCCCGACGUCUCCCAGCUACUCGCCUGGAUCGCCAUCUGCGGCGAGGCAUUAUUCCCCCACCUCGCCGGCUCAGUUCAGCUCGCCAACCUCGCCUUCCUACUCGCCGUCGAGCCCUAAUUACAGCCCGGCGUCUCCCAACCUACAUGCGACUUCACCCUCGUACUCGCCUGCGUCGCCUACCUGGUCGCCAACGUCCCCAGAGGCGUAUUCGCCGACCAGUCCGACCUUCCAACGCUCGCCUGCCCAGCAUUCUCCAACCAGCCCUGGAUACUCCCCGACGUCGCCAUCUUUCUCCCCGCGCUCGCCGGGUAGAGGUGCGUCUGGCGGAGCAACGAAUGACCAGUAGUAAGUACAAUGCCAGCCGGCCACUAUUCCUGCAACCACCUGCUAACAUCCUGACCCCUAGCUCCCCAACCUCGCCUACCAAUGAUUAAUGUCUUGGGCUGGCGCAUAGCGGCACGGCAUCAGGAUGUCUUCCCCAAAGGCGAACGUGUAAAGGGGUAUUUUUUUAAUCGGUUUCUUUCUUUUUUGGCUUCCCUGUCUCCUGAUAUUCGCGAACCGAGUCUGCCUAAAAUAGACAUGGCACUUACGUGGAAGGACUCCUUCCUUGAACCUGACGGGAAAAGGGGGGAGCGGCGCCUCAUUAUCAGAACCAACCAAAAAAAAGGGGGGAGGGAGGGGGAAAGACGAUGAAAGCAAGUUGAAAGUUGAUUGGCAUUUAGCAGCGCACACAGGGGCAGCCGGGAGGGUUGUAAUGAUUUGUGUAAAUUAGGGCGAAGGAGUCAUUCAGAGGCUUGCGUGCCUUGGUCUCGUAUCCAGACUGGCAAAUCAAAAUGAAUUACAACG